GGCCAGACGCGUCUCCCGGCCCUUCUGCCCCCCCUACCACCUGUGGCGGCCAUGAAGGGGACCCCCAGCUCCCUGGACACCCUGCUGUGGGUCUACCACUUCCACAGCUCCACCGAGGUGAGACUCCGCCAACGGCCCCGCCCAAGGGCGGCACCUCGAGACCCUCUGGGUAGGUCUCCAGCGCUCCUCCUCCUCCCUCCCCCGUGACCCCUGCCCUGUGACCUGAUGACUCCACUGCCCCUGCUCCUCCUCCAGGUGGCUCUCCAGCCCCCGCUCCUGUCUUCCCUGGAACUCUCUGUGGCCGCAGCCCAUGAGUAUCUGGAGCAGAGGUUCGGAGAGCUGAGGUCCCUGGAGCCCCGGCAGCCGAAGGAGCUGGGAAAGUUGCCUGCCCCGAAGCCCACCCUGGGGCUGGUGCUAAGAGAAGCCGCGGCCAGCAUCAUUAGCUUUGGCGCCACCUUAUUAGAGAUCUCAGCCCUGUGGCUGCAGCAAAAGGCGCGGCGACUGGACGGCGACGACGGCAGCCCGGGCCGAGCCCCAGACGCCGGGGAUCCGGGUAGAACGCUGGCCCGGGUAGCCCAGGCCGCCGGGCAGGGGGCUCUGCACGCUGGGGCUUCGGCAGGCGCCAGCGCCCGGCUCCUCGUCCAGGGGGCGAGGCUGUGCCUGUGUGGACGGGGCCUGCAGGGAUCUGCCUCAUUCCUGCAACAGUGGCGACGGCAGUUGGGCCUCGGGAUCCCCGGGGAACCGAGAUACUCGGGAGACCUCAAGGCGGCGUCUAGCAACAGCGCAGAGGACGCGGGACCGGAAGCUCCACCACCGUCCCAGCCCCACCCCGCGUCCCAAUAAAGCCCAGGAGGGGAUGAGACAGCCAAAGCUGCUCCUAGAGUCGCUUGGUUUUGGCGGCGCCCCUGCGCCGGCACCC